UAAUUUGAGCUACCAGUCAUGUUUCUUCUGCCUAUAUUUUCCUUUGCUAGACUCACAUAUCUGGUUCAUGCUCUAUUGAUGGGUAAAUGCACAUUUCACCAUGAUGCAAGUACAACUCACGAUAUUUUACACAUGAAAGGAGCAGGGUAGUCAGAGAUAUUUCAAGGGCCACUAUUUGGACUCUCUAUAAUAACUAGAUCUCCCAGGUUCCCCAUCUACCCAAUCCCAAUAUAAAACUAUAGACUACUUUGUUCCCUGCCCUUUCUUAUUCUGUGGAAGCUAGGCAUAUUUUUUUUGGAACUUGUGUACUAACUUCACUUUGAUCUUUGUGUUCCACGCGGAAGCUAGCUAGCUGGGUGUUCGUGGCAAAUAAACUACCCAACUUCUCCUGGUCCCCUCGUAGUCUCGUGGUAUGGCUGUGAAUGCCGUCCCACCGCUUAUUGCGGGUCUUAGAUUCCAGGAUCAUCUGCAGACUACAGACCACAAACCACCUUCUUUUCUGCCUGCCAUGCAACUUUUCUACAAUUAGCUAUGCUUACACGUGCUUGUUUGGCCGUAGGAGCGGCCUCAAGAAGGCAAGGGACGACAGGGGAGAACGGGCUCGGCAGAUUUGGACAUGGACAUCGCCGGGCUCCCUUCUGACAUUCUCGUGGAGGUGACUGCAAGCAUCGCGACGAGGUCCGCGACGCCCCUCAUUGACGUUGUCAACCUCAGGCGAUCGUGCAAGGUGUUCCGCGACGCGACGGCGGCGAGGAAGGUGGGGCGGUGCAUGGCCGUGCACAGGGAGUGGAGGCUGCACUGGUGGGACAAGGCGAGGUUUCUGUCCGUGCUCCGGCGGUGCGCAGCCAGCGGCAACCCUGAGGCAUCCUACAUCCUUGGAUUGGAGGAGUUCUGCAACCGGAGGAGAAAGGCGAGCGGGCUCCGGCACCUCCGCCGCGCCAUGGAGCACGGCCACGCCGCCGCGGCCUACAUGCUCGGGAUGAUCACGCUGCACGACUCUCUGCGCUCGUCGGCGGGCGCCGCCGAGCAGGCGCUGGAAGGCUUGGACUGGUUCUCCGCGUCCGCAUCCGCUGGCCCCAGCAGGACAAGGCGCAGGAUGGCUUCCGUGCGCAGAGAGGCCGUGUCGGUCAUGCGAAGGCUGACGAUGCGCCGGUGGAGGAUGGCCGAGCCUCCAACGCCCUGCCCGAAUUCGUGGUGCGGCAAGGUGGAGACGGAGAUGGUGGAGGCCUGGGACGGCGACGGCGACGGCGAGGAUGAGAGGUGGUUUUGCAGCCGAACUUGCAGGUGGAAGCACGAGUACUGUAAGUUCAUCGAGAAGAUCUAACUUGUGCAGUAGGCUAAGUACUAGUAGAGCAUGUAUACGGAGACUGCAGAUUCUGACAUCCUGUCAUUCCCCUUCCUAUAAAAUGUGUUAGCAAUUGAGAGCCAGGAUUGUAAUUUGGCUGAAUCUGAAUGUUUGCAUCUUUGAUGAAAUGCUGAAUUCGAGUGGACGUUUCCAGGAUC